AUGGCUUCAACAGAACAACUCUUUAUCGCCAUGUUGAGGAGCGACGCUGUCAAGGACAGCCUCUUCCAUCACCUCACCACAUCCGACAUUUGUGCCAUCCGCGAGGCUUCAUCAGCCUGCUGCAACUUGGUCACCAAGCGUCUCUUCACCCGCAUCCACGUCACUUUCACGGCUUCCACCUUCACCCGACCCUCGCGCAUCGCCGCCCUGGGCCGGGUCGGGCAUCAUGUCGAGCACUUGACCUUUCACUUUGCCCACUCCGAGGCGACGUUUCUACCUCCGCUGAUCCAUCCCCUGACGGGAGAUGAGAUUGCCUUUUUGUAUAAGCCGCUCACCAGCAUGGGAUCAGCGCUGACUCGCCCCAAGUAUGCCAACACGGAGCUGGGCGAGAUCUUGACGCAGCAGUAUCCUCCGCUGUUCCACGCGGCCACAAACGUCCCCAGCUUCAUCUAUGCCAUUGGCAACAUCCCCAACAUGAGGCACCUGACCAUUCGGUGUCCCGGCCAGGACCCAAGGGAACGGUACAGGAGGGACGUUGUUGACUAUGCCCUCAUCAGCCUGCGGAUUGCCAUUGAGCGUGCGCCAAUGACGAAGCUCCAUAAGUUAUCUCUGUCGUCUCUCCAUCCCUCUGCCUUCAACUAUCUCAGAUACAUCAAUGGAAUCGGCAGCGUGCCCUCUGCAAGCCGUAGGUGGCAGCAGAUAAACAAGCUGCACAUCUCAGUGGAAGCCUGGGACUUUUAUGGCCCGUCUCCCGGCCUGGACCAUCUUAAAGUCAUUGAUGACUACAUCCGCAACUUCUCCCAAGGCCUAGACAAGUUUACGUUUGCCUGGAUCGGUGCCAAAGGACCGUGUCCCGUUGCUCUCUCUGCUGAUCCCCUCUUCGCGCCGCCUCGCAGCACUAAGAAGCUAUUCCAUGAAGUCACUUCUCCCAUGUCGCCUCUGCCAACCCGGCCUCCUCGCUGUCCCAUCCACUUCCCUAAGCUGCGCUAUCUACAGAUUCGUAAUGCCACCAUGAACUCUCCCCAGCUCAGGGGCUUAAUCGCGUCCCACCAAAAGACUGUUAAGCAGUUUGGGUUUGAGAACGUCGUCCUCGCCAACAACGGUAGCUGGGACGAAGCCCUGGCGCCUGUGAACGGCGACGAUAACUGGUCUCGGAGCAGUGCCACGGCGCCUUCGGAGUUUUCUGUCGUAACCGGCACAAGUGAUGAAGAGUUGCCUAGUCCCAGUGCGGCUGUCGAGGCUGCCAGCCGAGAGCUGAUGGAUCUCGACUUGAGCGGCCUCACCCUGAGCGAGGACGAGAGAGAUGUAGCUCAAGAUUUUACCAGCGAAUUUGCCGGGCCGAGAGAAUCGGAUACGAGUGUUUCUACCAAGCUUACGCGAAAGCGUGUCCGUCGGCGCCACAAGAAGCACUCCAAGACAGAGAAGAGAGAACAAGCCCCUGAGCAUCCAUCUCCUCUAUCGCCACCUCUAUCCUUAAAGCCAUCCAAGCUGCGUCUCAGGCUAUCUUUUGGAUCUAGCGAUAUUGCCUACUCUGCCGUCCCUGAGCCGCUGUCUAUCAUCUCGCCCCCCAUCAUAACGUCGGAGCCCCAACCCGUCCUCCUUCAACCGACCAUCUACUCUCCCUCCGCUCAUCGUCAGGCCGGCCCCGACGAUGGAAUCUCUACUGUACAACGCAAUUUGGAAAAGGAAAAGGCUCAUCAACUAUUUGCCGAGGACGCGGAUGCGAGAGCAAGCGCCCUACACAAGGCCAAGGAAGCAGUUCUUGCGAAACUCAGCAAAGAGUUUUACAGCAAAAAGGAUAGAAUCACGGAUGCGGUAUCCGUGUGUCGGUAUAGGGGCGUCAGGGAGGUGAGUGGGUGCAGCAGAGAGAUGGUGAUGGAGGAUUGGAGGGGAUUGGAGAGCAGGAGUGCGUUGGUGCCCUUAAUGUUUAGUCGAUCUUAG